GUGCAUCUCCUCCAAACAGCCAAAGGACAACAUGGGUCUGCGAGAGUCACCCUUCUCCAGCUGCUUCUUGGGGAAACUGGAUGCUGUGGUCAGAAGAAUCAUGUACUUCAGCUUUUGGUCCUUCAACAAGCUGCUGGCCUUGAAGCAAACCACAGCAGAGAAGCAGGAGUACCAGCGCCAGCAAUGCCUGCCAUAUGCCCUGUAUGCCUUACUGAAUGGCCUCAUCUUCCUGUUGCUCCUGCUAGCCUCUUUACCUUCCACUGUGCUCUGCCUGCCAGUGUGGCUUCUCCUCCAGGUUGCACGGCGUCCUUUUGCUUACCAGCAUGUGCCCAGGCAGACUUCCCCAGAAGAAUGGAUACUUCCUGGUAAAGCAAAGGUCUUCCGCUUUGUCAGUUCCAAUGUCUGCCUCCUGCCUGAUGGCUUGGCCAAAUACAGUAACCUGGGACAGACGCAGAAGCGUGCCAAACAGAUUGCCCAAGGACUUGUGCAGGCUGCAAGCCGCAUUGUUCUGCCCCAGGAGGCAAGCUCCAGAGGCAACUUCUGGAAUGCCUUUGACAUCUCCAAUGGGAAGAAGUACAGGGCCACUGAAUCAAGCUCCUGUAAGAUUGACAUUGAUAUGGCCAUCCAGAUGCCCCUUGAUGAGGAAAAAUCCACUUCACCACGGGAGAUCACGGCUUCCUUCCCCCCCAAUGCUGACUUUUUGUGCCUGCAGGAGGUUUUUGACCAGGAUGCCGCAGCCUGCCUGCUCCAGUCCCUUGGCCCCUACUAUGAGCACAUCAUCUAUGAUGUGGGCUUCUAUGGCUUCAUUUGCUGCUCUGCCUUGAAAUGGCUCAGUUGCCUAAAACUUUGUAGCUAUUGGAAACGGCUCAACUGCUUCAAACUGCUCAACAGCGGGCUCUUCCUGGCUAGCCGCUACCCUGUGUUGGCUGUGCAGUACCACUGUUACCCCAAUGGCAAAAAUGUGGAUGCCCUUUCUGCCAAAGGACUGCUCUGUGUUCAGGUUCAGCUGGGAGUUUGCCAAGGGCAAAGGAUUGUGGGAUACAUGUACUGCACUCAUCUUGAUGCCAACCCAGAUGGUGAUCAGAUCCGGUGUGACCAGCUAAAGCAGGGUCUGCACUGGACACAGCAGUUUCAGGAGACAAAUGCUCAGCAUGGAGAUAUUGUGGCCUUCGAUGUCUUCUGUGGGGAUUUAAACUUUGAUAACUGCUCCUCAGGUAAUGAGAUGGAGCAAGUCCAUGAGCUCUUCAAUGUGUACACAGAUCCAUGCCGCAUUGGGCCACAACAGGACAAGGCCUGGGCUCUUGGCACUCUGAUGAACUUCCUCAAGAUAUAUGAUGAGGCAGUGGCAACCCCAGAGAAUAUGAAGAGGACUCUGGAGGAUGAAAAGGAGCGUCAAAAGUACCUGGCAGGCCCCAUCCUGGCAGAUGGGCAGCCUGACCUUUCAGCAAAAUGGAGUGAGGGGCGCCGCAUUGACUAUAUCCUUUACCGGGAACACCUUGGCCCUGUGGAACUGAAAGCGGCUGUGGAGAAAUUCUCCUUCAUCACCAAGUUGGCCCGCUGCUCUGACCACCUGCCUGUGGGUCUGGAACUCUCAGUGACUCCUAUGGUGCAUCCUGGAGUGUGAACCCGCCCUGCUGCCAUGCAAGGAAGGUGGGCAUGUCCA